GGAUGUUGAGAUCCGGCUCCGUGGUCACGUGCCACCGCACGAUCAGUCAUGGCUGCCUCCGCGCCGCUGCUGCUGCUGUCUCUGCUGUCUCUGUUGUCUCUCUGCCGGCGCGGCGGUCUCGCGCAGUCCACCACGACGCCCUCGACCCCCACGACCCAAGCCACGCCGACGACCACGGAGGUUGCGGGAAGCCAGGCCACGGUCAUCAGGGACAUGGUUCCCUGCAUCUGCGACUUGAGUCAGGAUGGCUGUGAUGUCGGCUGCGGCUGUGACAACGACUGCACAGCCUUUGAACGCAAAGUGUUCACAUCAAGUCCACAGGACCGAUGGGCGCGUGUGUGUGUGCCGAACUCCACAUUCUUCAAACACAACACCCCCUACAGCCUCGACUACAGCCGUCCCAGCCUGGCCUGCAUCACCCAGAACGACUUUUUGUGUCGAAACUUCUACCUGAUUAUGCGGAACAUCACGGAAUUCGACAAAGAAGUCUUGCAGAGCGGAGUGGGAAUGGCGUUCACAUUGGUGGAGAAGACAACAGAAGCUAGAGCAAGAAGACCAUACAGGGUGGGUGACCCUAUUGAGGUUGUGUCCGAGUUGAAUGUACAAACUCGUUUCUCUGUCCCUGUCCCCGUCUCUCCAACCGGAAUCUGUGGGGGUGGUGGCCCUGUGGGGUUUCGAAUGGACAGUUCAGUAUCAUGCCUGCGUUUGAUUAGUAACCUCGAAAAGGCAUGCACAGAAAACUCUUUCCUUGACGUGAAAAUCUACACCACCAUCAAAUUCCUCAAGGUUCUGAAUGAAAUUACUUCAUAUCAAGAUGGUGAUUUGGUCAGCGUCGUGCUGCAAGAUACACCCAAAAAUAUUAUUUGGAACUCGAGCCACUGUGAAAAUGCAUUGAUAAAGGCUCAGUUCAUCGUGCAGUAUAAUGCUACCUCAGGCUACAUUGAUCACGUGAAGGCAAUAAUAGACCAGGAGAACUUGACACUCACCAACUCCUACCUCCUUCAGACGUUCACCGUCUCCUUCGUUUCGAAUGAGACUAAUAUACCUACCAAGCGGAGUGGGAACCCAGGAUACCUUUGGGAUCAUCCACUGCUUGGCAUCACCAACACUUCUACGCGAAUUCAAGUUCAACUCCCGGCUGAAACAGACUGUGGUCUUCUGCGCCGGCCGGCUCUCUUUGGAGUGCAAACCUUAGCUGGAUGCAACCUCAAGCUGGACAAUAUAACGAACUGCAUGGAAAUACAGCGCCGUGUGUUGAACGCAUGGCUCGGUACUGGAAACCAAAGUUAUCCGGAGAACCUGACAGAGUGGGGAGACGCGAUGGAUCUGAAAAGGGAGGCACCCUCUGUACCCAUCGUGGGAUUGGCCAAAAUUUUGGAUAAUUUGGAGAGGUUGCAAUGUGACAAUCGCAAUUGUACGCUGAUAUUGUCCGCAAAACUCCAAGUGCUAUGGUCGCUGCACGGGUCCCUGGAGAACCCACAGAGGCGCGUGGUCGGGGCACGGAUCAUUCCAGGACCACCAAGCACAUGUAAUAUCACACGGAGCGUGCGGCUGAUGCUGUCGCUGAGCUUCAUCGACGUGACCCCAUCUCGGCCUGCCACACCGCCGACAGACGACUUCUUCCUGCCAUUCAUGCAGGGACGCACUUGAACGUGCGCGCACGUGUGUGGAGAGUGGUGGUGUCAUGGUUAGUGCACUUUGCUAAAUACUCGGCGGUCUGCGUUUGUUUACCAGCCACGGCUAACAUCAGUGGUCAUUAUCUUAACUGAUUCUGGGCCUCUAGACCCAACCUAAAUUGAAUACCUGGUGCUGUGUGCAAACAUCAGCAUUACAGAGACAAAUGCGACUCAGUGUAGUGCUGGUCACACCAACUCAUUGUGCACCGUGCCGACCCUUAAUAGGUUCUCGCUAACAGCACUUGUUCCUACUGGGUAAAUGGGGGUCCAAGUGUGUGUGUGCGUGUACACACAGUUGGCAUGUAAUGAUGCAGAAUUUCAUCAGUUAAUCUGAGUUCUAACAUCAGUGGUGAGUGACAUCAGAACCAGUCCAGGACCUCCCCUAGGUCGACUUAGCCCGACCAGGAGCUGGUAUGUUGUAAACAUCAUCACUGGGGUUCUGGAAAUACCCCCCCAUUAGUAUGCCGUGCCAAUCUGAAUAGGUGCUUGCUAACAGCACUUGCCCCACGAGUUUGGUGUGUUUGUGUGUACACACAUGUGCAUGUAGAUAUGAGCACAUGCAUGUGUACCCAUGUCCCCAUAUGUGCACACGCAUGUUUAUAUGCUUUUGUCUGAAUGCUCAAUUGCCUGUGAUUUUUAUGACAACUAUAUGUGAUGACACCAUAGACUAUGCACAACUGUCACAUCACACAAGCCAUAUAUUGUCACAAUUAAACAUUAUUUUUACGCAACAAAAAGCUCAGUCUUCAACGUGUAACGCUUUUUUUCAAGUGUCGUGAAUACACGACUCCCAGCACCUGUGCUUAAACCCAGAACUUGAGACACUGGGAGUAAGCACAUUGACAUCUUGAACUUAUUUCAAGACAGCCCCACAACUGAAACCCACGAUCGCAGAGUUGGUUCAGUGCCUGGGCACAGUCACCGCCAACCCUAUGGUGAGACACCUAUUCAGCCAACUGUAUUAUUGACUGCACAUACAUUAUAGUGGUGGAGUCCUUUAGGAAAGGGUCGUAGUCCAGUUAGAGCUUAAUAGAGGCUACAAGAUACAAUGGAAUGUGUCAGGCUGAUUUGGUGCUGCUUUCUAGUAGCAGGGGACCAGUCUUCAUCAGACAACUAUUGACUUUCCACAGCUGUGGUGCCUAUUUUAUUGACAGAGGCAUGAUGGGCUGAGUUUGCCCCCAAA